GGCCGGGCCGGACUGAGCCGCUGCCGUCGGGGCCUGCAGCAGCCGCAGCCGGGCAUGGCGGGGGCGCCGCGCCGGCUCCGCUAGCGCCGCACACAGUAGACAAUCAGCUACGAUCCUUGCCCGCACAGAGGAUUUCAAAUCAACGGCAAAUUGCUGAAGAAUUGCACUUCAAGUGGUCUCGAGACAGGAGAAGCAGGUCUUCACUAUAAUGGAAGAGGCCAAGAGCUCAAAGAAUGGAAAUCAUGACCCAAGGAAGUCUGUCCGUCUUGUCUGUGAGGAAGGCAAAUCAGUCAAAGUUACAAUUAAUCAAAAUUAUAAAUACAAUAGAAAUGACAAAUCUGCGAAGGAUGUCGGGAGAAGUUCUCCAAGUGGGAAUAGCAGCAGAAAAAGUAAACAAAAUGAUGUUUGUUCUGAAAAACAAGGAGAAAAUAAAUCAUGCAAAGUAAAUAGUUGUAUUCCUGGAACUAAAGAUUUGGGAUCAAGUGUUCAGGAUCGAAGUCAUGGAAAAGCAAAAAAAUUUUCUAAUUUAUCAUCGGCAAUGGAAAACCUGAAACAGACAAAAUCCCAACCAGUGGGAGAAAACGCUCCAGGCUCCCAUGUUUCAGGGAAUGGGGUCAGCAUGGAAAGCUUAACAGCUACUCAGAAAGGGAAACUGGUGCUGGAAAAUCCAGUGGGAGUUCAUACUUUGAAGACUAGUGUUGAUCAGGCUGGUGAUCCUGGUAAGACUGCUGCAGAUCAAAGAAAAAUGGAGCAUAAGUCUGAUGACUUCAGUAAAAUAAAGAAUUCUGAAUCAACAAAAGAACAUACAUUGGAAGCGGAUUAUUUAGAAAACACUGGUGUUAUUGAUGAAUCUAAUCUGACAGUUGAACAGCAACUAGGAUUGAAACAAGCUGAAGAACGUCUGGAAAGAGAUUAUAUCUCCCGACUUGAAAAACGCUCCCCAGAAUACACCAACUGUCAGUAUCUAUGCAAGCUCUGCUUAGUCCACAUUGAAAAUAUCCAGGGAGCCCACAAACAUAUUAAGGAAAAACGUCAUAAGAAAAAUAUAAUGGAAAAGCAAGAAGAGAACGAGCUGCGGGCGCUCCCGCCGCCCUCGCCUGCGCAGUUGGCUGCUCUGAGUUUCACUCUCAUCGAGGCAGCAAACGAACAAGGCAUCUCGGAUGAGGACUUCAGAAUUCGGCAAGAGAUUGUAAAUGAGAUGGAGAAAAUUAUUCAACAGCCCUUACCAGACUGUUCCCUGAGGAUGUAUGGCUCCUGCUUAACUAGAUUUGCUUUCAAGACCAGCGAUGUUAACAUUGAUAUCAAAUUCCCCCCUAAGAUGAGUCAACCAGAUGUUCUGAUCCAGGUGCUUGAGAUCUUGAAGAACAGUGCUGUCUACUCAGAUGUGGAGUCGGAUUUCCAUGCCAAAGUUCCUGUUGUCUUUUGCAAAGAUGUUAAAAGUGGUUUGACAUGCAAAGUGAGUGCUAGGAAUGACGUGGCUUGCCUUACAACUGACCUGCUGGCUGCACUUGGUAAACUGGAGCCUGUCCUGAUUCCCUUGGUUUUGGCUUUCCGCUACUGGGCUAGACUCUGUCACAUUGACUGUCAGGCUGAAGGUGGAAUUCCCUCAUAUUCCUUUGCCUUAAUGGUGAUAUUUUUUCUUCAGCAAAGAAAACCACGUAUUUUACCGUCCUAUUUGGGCAAUUGGAUUGAAGGCUUUGAUUCAAAGAGGCCAGAUGACCACCAGCUGAAAGGGGUGGAAGAUGAAGAAUUUGUAAGGUGGGAGUACAAACCACCCACAAAUGGUGCAGCAAAAAACUCUGUUGGAGCAGAAAGCAAAGCUAAAGUCGAACAACAAAAAGGUGGUGGCAAGAAGACAACGAGCUCAGAAGUGGACAACCAAAGCAAUGCAAAAGAGAAACAUGGAAUUUCUCUCUUAGCGUUCAAAACCCCUCACCAAGUUUCACUGGGGCAACUGUGGUUGGAACUUUUGAAGUUUUACACACUGGAGUUUGCUUUGGAGGAAUAUGUCAUCAGCAUACGGGUACAAGAGCUCUUAACCAGAGAGAAUAAAAACUGGCCCAAGAGGCGAAUAGCCAUUGAAGAUCCUUUUGCACUAAAGAGGAAUGUUGCACGAAGUCUAAAUAGCCAGAUGGUAUUUGAGUACAUCCUGGAGCGAUUUAGGACAGCAUAUAAAUAUUUUGCAUGCCCACAAAGUAAAGAUGGGAUUAAAUCCAAGCCAGAUACCAAGAAAAAAGAAAAAGGGAAAAUGAAUAAUAAGAAAUCCACAAGAUCUGAAGAGCCUGUAGCAAACUGUUGCCUUCCACAAGGGGAAAAUGUUGUAGAUAAAGAAGUUACAGAAAGUGGAUGUAACAUAGCAGAGAAUGAAGUUGAAUGUAAUACAGUGGGAGAAGCUGUAGCCAAAAGAUGUACUUCCCAGAGCAUGGACCCUUUGCUACUUUCAACAUUGGACUCUAGCUAUGAUGAAGACAAAGAAGAAGCUUUACCCCUUAUUUCCAAUGAAUGCUGUGAAUUAAAGGAAAAAUCACCUAAAGAGAGAGAUGAUUUAGAAAUUUCAGUGUGUCUAACUGAGGGUGAGCUCAGCCCCCACUGUAACUGCAGUGCACAUCAGCCUGAUGACACAAAUUCCAGUAAUGAGUUUUCUGAUGCUGAAAGCAGGCAGAGUUUGGUACUGGAGUCGUCUCCACAGACGAAGUGCACUGGCAGCCCAGCUACCUCGGCCAGCUGCAGAGCAGUGCUGGACACCCAGGAUCUCCAAGAGGAAGGCAGACUCUCAGCAGAAGAAAUGCAUUAUGUGUUUGAUAAGUUUAUUUUUACUUCAGGAAAGCCACCAACUAUAGUAUGCAGCAUCUGCAAACGGGAUGGACAUUCCAAAAAUGAUUGCCCAGAGGAUUUCAAGAAAAUUGAUCUAAAACCACUACCACCAAUGACAGACAGAUUUCGGGAAAUACUUGAUAUAGUGUGUAAAAGAUGUUUUGAUGAGUUAUCCCCUCCUUUAUCUGAGCAACAAAACAGAGAACAAAUACUGGCAAGUUUGGAGAGAUUUAUUCGAAAGGAGUAUAAUGACAAAGCUAGGCUUUGCUUAUUUGGCUCCUCAAAGAAUGGAUUUGGGUUUCGGGACAGUGAUCUAGAUAUCUGCAUGACAUUAGAAGGUCAUGAAAAUGCAGAGAAAUUAAACUGUAAAGAAAUAAUAGAAGGUUUGGCAAAAGUUCUUAAGAAGCAUCCAGGUUUGAGGAACAUCUUGCCUAUAACAACAGCCAAAGUGCCUAUAGUAAAGUUUGAGCACAGGAGGAGUGGCUUGGAAGGAGAUAUCAGUUUGUACAAUACACUGGCACAGCAUAACACAAGGAUGCUGGCUACCUACGCAGCUAUUGAUCCUAGGGUGCAAUAUCUGGGCUACACAAUGAAAGUUUUUGCAAAGCGCUGCGAUAUUGGUGAUGCAUCCCGUGGUAGUCUCUCUUCGUAUGCCUAUAUUCUUAUGGUUUUGUACUUUCUACAGCAGAGAAAUCCACCAGUUAUUCCAGUUCUUCAGGAGAUAUUUGAUGGCAAACAGAUUCCACAAAGAAUGGUGGAUGGAUGGAAUGCUUUUUUCUUUGAUGACAUGGAAGAAUUGAAGAAGCGUCUCCCUUCCCUGGGGAAGAACACUGAGUCCCUUGGGGAGCUCUGGCUGGGGCUGCUGCGCUUCUACACGGAGGAGUUUGACUUCAAGGAAUACGUGAUCAGCAUCCGGCAGAAGAAGCUGUUGACCACCUUUGAGAAGCAGUGGACCUCCAAGUGUAUUGCCAUUGAAGAUCCUUUUGACUUGAAUCAUAAUCUGGGUGCUGGAGUCUCUAGGAAAAUGACCAAUUUCAUAAUGAAGGCAUUUAUCAAUGGGAGAAAGUUAUUUGGUACCCCAUUCUACCCAGCUGUUGGAAGAGAAGCUGAAUACUUUUUUGACUCAAAAGUGUUGACAGAUGGGGAAUUGGCACCCAAUGACAGAUGUUGUCGUGUCUGUGGAAAAAUUGGUCACUACAUGAAAGACUGUCCAAAGAGGAGGAGGUUGAAGAAAAAGGAGAAUGAGAAAGAUGAUGAAAAAGAGGUGAAAGAAGAUGACAGAGAAACAAGAGAGAAAAGGUGUUUCAUCUGUGGGGAUGUGGGUCAUGUUAGGAGAGAUUGUCCUGAAUUCAAACAAACCCGUCAGAGAAAUAAUAGUGUGCCAGGCACGCAGCUGGUCCGGAGCAUGGUGAAUUCCCAGCUGGUGGCUGUGGGCCAGCAGCAGGUGGAGCGACCCCUGCGCACCAGGCAGUCAUCAGAAUGUUCUGAUUCGCAUCAGUCAUCUUACUCUCCACAACCUCAGCAAUUCCCACAGAAUUCCUCUCAGCCAGCCUCCAUUAACCAGACUCAGCCACAAUCAGUAUCCCAGUCUAAGCACGUUCCUCAGCCACAGCAGGGUGCACAGCCAGCCCAUCAGGUCCAGCUGCCUUUGUUUAACUUUCCCCAAUCUCCCCCAGGUCAGUAUUCCACCUUGCAUAACCUGGGACUACUUCAGAUGCACCAUCACCACCAAAUUCAGCUUCCCAACACUUCUUGGCCUAUUCAUGGGCCUGUUAUUCACUCUGCACCGGGUAACCCUCCUCAUUCUACAAAUGUUCCAUUUUCUAUGAGAUCUGGCAGCAGCAGCACCACAAAUAACCAGAGCAGUGUAAGCUUGAAUGAUCCCAGUAUCAUCUUUGCACAGCCUGCUGCCAGGCCCAUGGGAAUCCCCAGCACUUCUCAUGAGGGACACUGGCACAAUCCUGUGACUCCAAACUCACUGGUGAACAAUGGCACUGUGGGGAAUUCAGGAAAAAAAAUGAGAAUUGAUCACCGUAACUUUUAGGCAUUGGUCCUGUCUGCCAUUAAUGGCUGUGCAACAAUGAGAAAUCCUGCAUUCAACUGAGAAACCUCCUCAUCAUUGUUUGAAUCACUCACAUUUCUGUGAAUGUGCUGACAAAUAAUGGAUUCCUUAGACAAUCGUGGAAACAUUAAAGUUGGAAAAGACCUCUAAGAUCAACACAUUGUUACACAAUGUAUUAGACAAAUGCUGAGGUUGCAAUCAUGAACUUAGAGACUGGCAGAAUUACAGUGGUGCAAGUUGAAUAUUGUCUCCUCACCUUUAGUACAAUAUAAUAUGAUCUUACCUAUUCUGUUUUUUCCUUUGGCUUGUCCUGCCUCACUUAACUUCCAUAAUCUUGAUGUUGAUUCCUGACGUUACAUUUUCCUGUGACAAGUGGGCAACAGCCUCUUGCCUCAUAGCAAGCAUUGGUAUGUUUGAGGCUGAGAAAAAGCAGUAUAUAAUGAUUAAAGCCCAUUCAGUUUUCUCUGCUACAUGAACUGUGGCAGCUUCUAAAUUUCAACUGUUAACCUUUACAUCAUUAAUCAUGGUGGUGGUCUUCUGAUUUAUUCUGAGUGUGUAAGUCCUCCUGUUUAAAAAAAUAAAUGCAUAAUAUAAUGUACUGGUGCAGUUGUUCAUCCUGAGAUGGAAAUUCUGAAUCUCCUGCCCAUGCUUUCUCUGCACUAAUGAUGUGAUUGUCAGUAACAGUAGAUUUUCAGCUGAGUCUACUGUUUUGGAUGAGGAAUAAUUCACCAAUGGGCGUCAGACAUAAGGGGCUGGAGAUACAUGAUUUUCUGUUUAAAGCUUUGUGGGGCAUAUAUUUUAAAGGAUACAGGAACUUUUACCCGUGUGUUUUCUGUGUCUCCAGUGUGCUCUGUCCCUACCUCUCCAUUUUGGAUCUUCUCAUCUGUCACCUUCUCCAGCUUUGCCUUUCCUUUAAGCAGCUCCUUCCAAUCCACAUUUCCUUACUAAGGUAGCUGCCUUCUUUCAGACAAGCUCCAUAAAUUCUAAUUCCUUCUCCGUGUGCUGUCAGUCACAGUAUUUUUUUCCCAUCCUUCAUCUUCCAUCAAUUUCCAACCUCAUGACACCCCUUUUUCUAGUUCCCAAUCAUAGUAAUUUUCCUAUUUGAAAUUGAAUCAAUUUUAUUUCCUUUUUGGCUUAGAUGCCAUUAAGGUGAAUGCACAGUAGAGAUGAGCUGUCUCCUGUCUGUUUGAAGCAUGGUUUCAUACCUGCUCAGGACAAUUUGACAACAGUAAGUUUGAGGAAACUUUGUUCUGGCUCACAUAACUUUGACAUGAAAGGAGCUACCUCAAUUUUCUUUUCAGUAGACAGCUGAUUAGAAGUAGGAUCAUUAGAAGUAUCAAGACAGCUCUUUUUUAUGCAUACUCAGAGACUGUGCCUCAAAUUGUGGAUCCUGCCUCCUUGGAUGCUUGAUUUCUCAUCCUUAAUGUUGCAGUGAUAUCGGAAUUGUAAAUGGAGUAGCUUUACAAUUUGUAUAUUUAUUUCCAAAGUUUAUAUUUUUCUCUCUAAAAAUAUUUUUAAGUCAGUCCAGUGAUCUAGAUAGCAAGUUUCUUAAGCAUGUAAAUAUUAGUGGAAUUCCAGUGUACACCUGAGAGUUAUUUCUUGCAGUAGGAUAAUAGUUUUCCUGUCACAGCUCUGUCAGCGAUAGUGGAUAUUUGUGUGGGAUCAGACAGCAGUUCUGAAUAUUGUUCAGACCUUGUAUUUUUCAUCAUGAGAAAGUCAUAAAAAUAGUGAAAUCAUAGCUCUUGAUUUUAAUGUUGAUUCAUCCUCUCUCUUCCCAAUAAUUCUAUUAUAGUGAAUAAUGAAGUAAUUUAGGUGGUAAUUUUUACUGAUGUAUAUUAAAUUUUUAAAAAGUAGCACAUCAGACUGAUCACAUUAAGUCCCCUGCAAACUGUUAUUUAAGAUGUAAAUUGUAUUUGUGACUUACUGUUUAAUUAUUUCAACUUGCAAUGUGCUUUUCCCUUUCAAUUGAAAAAUAGAUCAGGGUUUCCAAGGACAGUUUGGUAAAAUGAACCCUCCUUCUGUCCCUUGGGACCAUGGGACCCCUACCCAUUUUCCUCUCCUCCGAGGAGCGUGGCCUUACAAUAUGCCUCAG